AUGUAUCGUAACACAGCUUUCUUACAUGUGGUCACUUUUCAGGACGUGUGCAGAAGCUCAGAGUUGAAGUAUGAGGAGCCAGAGAUUCUAUCUGUGGAACCAAAUGUGAUUUCUUUCCAUGGUCGGAACAACGUGCGUCUGAGGGGAAAGAACCUGAAUUCUGUCACUAAGGUCAGAGUUCAGUGGGACUUGGACUGCAAUCCAAAAGAUUCUCCAGUUCUCCAACGUUCCAGUGACAAUCUGAUCUUCCACAUUCCAGGAGGUAUCAAAGGAACUGCAAGAGUGUGUGUGGUCAUGCCAGAUGGUGGUUGUCAUGGUAACACAGCUAUCUUUUAUGGAUCCCAACCCAGCUGCACGAAUAUGCAACCUAGAAAAUCUUGGGCAAGUGGUAAUAGGUCAAUUCAAGUGGUGGGAUCUAAUCUGGAAUUUGUGGAGGCAAUAACUCUGAAUGACUACACUACUGAUGUUAGCUUCAGUUCAGGGGUCCUCCGGUUUCAGACACCUCCUCUCAUAGUGUUCACAGAUUCUGGUCCAUUCCCUGUGUUACUGAAAGCAGGGAACAAAUCACUAGCCUGCCAAGAGAAACUGCUCUACCACCCUGACCCAGAAUUCACAAGUUUCACAACCUCACCACGUGUCAAUGAACUGUUGGUUACCAUUCAGAAAAAAGCAGACAGUUUAACCCUUAACGAUACAGAAAUCAAGGUCUGGGGUAGAAAGGAGGAGGAUGAGUGGCGUCCAUGUGUAAACGUGAAGCUUGAGUCCAGUACUGACAAGGCAGUUGUGCUCUGUACCAUCAAUAAUACACAAGACGUUAAAAUAGACUCACUGAAAGAAGAAAUUGGACAUUAUUCCAUCAUUCUGAAAAUGGAGCAAAAUGGGCAGUACAUGUACAUAUUUAUCAUGAUCAUUUUUGAUUUACUUAUUGGUGCUAUUGACAUAUCCACAUGGAUGAGGGAACACCACCUUCAAUUAAACCCCUCCAAGACUGACCUCCUGGUCAUUCCAGCCAAUCAAUCUAUCCACCACAAUAUCAACAUAAAAAUCGCCUCUUCAUCUCUCAUCCCAACUAAGGUAGUGAGAAACCUGGGUGUCAUGAUUGAUGACUGGCUAUCCUUCUCCGACCAUGUUGCAUCGGUCUUCCGGUCAUGCUGCUUCACACUUUACGACAUAAGGAAAAUCAGUCCUUACCUGACUCAUUAUGCCACCCAACUGUUGGUACAGGCCAUGGUUAUCUCUCAGCUGGACUACUGUAAUGCCCUUCUAGUGGGUCUCCCAGCAUGUACGAUGAAAGCCCUACAGAUGGUCCAGAACGCAGCGCCACAUCUGGAUUUCAUAUUCCCCUCUGAGUCUUCCAUAUCCUGGUUGAUCAUGAAUAAAAGUAUUCAACCCUGA